ACUUUACGUCCUUUUCUCUCUCUUCACUUUCUCUCACUACACCCCACGAUUUCCUCUUCUUCAUUUGUACUACAAUCUCCAUCUUUUUGUUGUUGUUUUUCUUUCCAAAGAUAUUAACAUUUUCCUUUGAUACUCCAACCCCUUUUGUUUUCUCAGCUCAAAGUUUUGCAUCUAAGAAUCAAGAUUCUCUCAGUUCUCAACAUCAUGGUUACAUUUGGAGUUUCUACUUAUGCUGUCUUCUUCUUCUUCCUCUCUGUGUUCAUGCUUUUUCUUACUAUGAGUUUUGGUGGAGACAUAGUACACCCUGAUAAUAUUGCUCCCAAGAGUCCUGGAUGUGACAACAACUUUGUUCUGGUUAAAAUCCCAAUUUGGAUUGAUGGUGUGGAAAGUGACGAGUAUGUUGGUGUUGGUGCAAGAUUUGGCCCUACAUUGGAAUCGAAAGAAAAGCGUGCUAACCAUACUAGAGUUGCCAUUGCAGACCCUCCUGAUUGUUGUAGCAAACCUAAAAAUAAGCUCACUGGCGAGAUCAUUUUGGUGCACCGAGGACAGUGUAGUUUCACAACCAAGGCAAAUAUAGCUGAAGAAGCUGGUGCUUCAGCCAUCCUGAUUAUAAAUAACCGUGCAGAACUUUUCAAGAUGGUUUGUGAAGAGAAUGAAACUGAUGUUGAUAUUGGAAUACCUUCUGUCAUGCUUCCACAAGAUGCUGGUGAAACCUUGGAAAAAUAUAUACAUAACAAGUCCACAGUGUCUGUGCAGUUAUACUCUCCACUGCGUACAACGGUCGAUAUUGCAGAAGUAUUUCUAUGGCUUAUGGCUGUUGGUACAAUUCUGUGUGCUUCUUAUUGGUCUGCUUGGACUGCCAGAGAGGGUGCUAUCGAGCGAGAGAAGCUAUUAAAGGAUGAUUCAGAUGAGUAUCUAAAUAAUACAGAUAAUGCUGGUUCCAGUGGUUAUCUGGAAAUAAGUACUGUGGCAGCAGUUUUGUUCGUUGUGAUCGCUUCAUGUUUCUUGCUUAUGCUUUACAAACUAAUGGCAUCCUGGUUUGUUGAAGUUCUGGUGGUUCUAUUUUGCAUUGGUGGGGUUGAGGGACUGCAAACUUGCUUGGUGGCUCUUUUAUCAUGUUUCAGAUGGUCUCAACAUGCUGCACAAACAUAUGUUAAAAUACCCUUCUUUGGUGCUGUGUCAUAUCUCACACUUGCUGUUACUCCCUUCUGCAUAGCGUUCGCCGUGCUUUGGGGAGUUAAACGCCAUGCAUCGUUUGCUUGGAUUGGUCAAGACAUUCUUGGUAUCGCUUUGAUAAUUACAGUUCUUCAGAUUGUCCACAUACCAAAUCUCAAGGUUGGAACUGUUCUUCUCAGUUGUGCCUUCCUAUAUGACAUUUUCUGGGUGUUUGUAUCUAAAUGCUGGUUCCAUGAGAGUGUGAUGAUAGUGGUAGCUCGCGGUGAUAAGAGUGGAGAAGAUGGUAUCCCCAUGCUGCUCAAGAUACCGCGUUUAUAUGAUCCUUGGGGUGGUUACAGUGUCAUCGGUUUUGGGGACAUAAUCUUACCAGGGCUUCUAGUAGCAUUUUCAUUAAGGUAUGAUUGGUUAGUGAAGAGGAACCUUCGAUCAGGGUACUUCUUGUGGGCAAUGGGUGCUUAUGGUUUAGGUCUCCUCGUCACAUACAUAGCUUUGAAUUUGAUGGAUGGACAUGGUCAACCAGCUUUGCUGUAUAUAGUCCCAUUUACACUUGGAACCUUUUUGUCAUUGGGAAAGAAGAGAGGUGAACUCAAGAUUUUAUGGACAAGAGGGCAACCAAAAAUGCCUUGCCCUCACAUCCAAGAUGAUCAUCAACCAAUGGGCCAGUGACCUCAGUAGAAUAGUAUUGUAGAUGUUAGUUUACAGGAGACACUUAUAACAAACCUUAGGAGAUUAUGUAACAUUUGUAGAUCUGUCAUAACAAGUUUUCAGCCAAAUGACGCAUGCAGUGUACUUAAAUCAGUAGCUGAGACUUGAGAUACACGCCUGACUCUUAGAUGUUGAAGGACAAAUGAAUCUGUUUGUACUUUGUUGUAAGAUUGGACCCUUUUUUUUUAUGAGAAAGUUUUUCUGAUGUCUUUUCUUUUUUUGGAUAA